UGAACACACACAUUUUCCUAUUCGGUUGAACCUUACAUCGCCUUGUCUCGCAGGCCUUAACCGUCAUUUCCUGUACAUUUCUUCUAGGCUUAAGCAUAGAUGACUACAACUAUGGGCGUUCCCGAUAGCAAGUUACACGAGCUCGAGCGCCAGCGGCUCGAACUUGAAGGCAACAUCUUGAAACUCCAGGACUCCCUCUACCACUGGCGGACAUGGGAGGCAGAGUACGAUGGCCUCAAGGAGGAAAUAAAUGACUUAGCCGAAGAUGCAAACACCGACGACUUCCUCCGUGCAAGCCGCAGCCUUGGCGGAUCAUUUGUCAAUGAGGAUGAACUGAAAGUCAUAAUGGGCGAGAAAGAAGGCGUGACGCGCACCAAAGGACAAGUGAUCAGCCUGAUCACCCGACGCAUCGACUAUGUGAAACAGAAUGUUGAGACUAUGGAGAAGAGACUACGCGCCGCCGAAAACGAACUCUAUGCGUUGGACACCCAGGAGCAACUACCGAGCGAAGCCACGGCCGAGUUCCCGAUGACUGAGAUUUUCGAAGAACUUGACGAGAACGGCGAUGUUAUCUCGAGUCGAACAAAUACCCCUGGCAGCCAAGCACCCGAGUUGUUGAAUGUCUUACAGAAGGCUGGUGUAAAGGAUAUACCGGACAUUGCGAAUGUGGUUACGGCGCUGGAGAACUCAUCGCAACCAGUUGUACCUCCUACGGAAACAUCUGCAACGGAUGAAACCCCCACUGCAGUCGAGGUGGAGGAGGUAAACCCUCCGACUACCAAAGCGGAGGAAGAGCCAGAAACGACUACUCUUAAGAACGACCACAAGCCUCCCGCCAUGGAUGCAGCCGGACUUCUGGAGUAUCAGCGUCUUGCGGCUUGUAUCGAAGAAUCGCCAGAGGAUUCCCAGUUACGGCGCGAAAUGUUACAGUAUAGCUUAAACGAAGUUGGAGCGGUUGUGGCCGAGCUGGAACUCGAUGAGGAUGCAAGCGACGUAUCCGUCGACGGAGACUACGAUGACUACCCAUACGACGACGAAGACGAAGAGGAGGACGAAUAUGGAAGAACCAAGGGACGUGUUCUCGAUGAGGACUAUCACCGCGAAAUGCGCGAGUUGGAGGCCAAGUUAAACGCGCGAGGACUCUGGAACAUCGGCAAGAAUACUGACUCUCUUCCAACCGAUGUGAGGGCAGAGCUGGAGCAGCCUAGUGUGGUCCGCGUUGAGAAGACUGCCGAGCCCGGCAAUGAAUCGGUAUCCGAGAAAAAGCCGAAGAAGAAGGUCGCCUUCGCUGACGACCUUGACAUUGCGCCGGCUUCCAAACCUCCCACCCAGGGGAAGAAAGCUGUUCCAGUUCGCGAGUCGAGUGUACCUGUUCUUGCAGACUCUGUCGUCGAACGCACAGAGCCUGUUGUAAAGGAGCCAGUAGCAAAAGAUGCACCGAAGAAAGUCUCUCGGUUCAGGACCGCUCGGAAAACGGAGGACAGUACAGUCAAACCAGCCACUGCGUCAGAGACUUCAACUUCCGGCCCUUCCCGGCCCGUCGAACUUCGCUCUUCUCUGCGCAAGACUGCCACCCCCUCUCCCGCGCCAUCCUCGCUGCCUCUCUUUCCUGCAAGGCCAGCGGAGCCCAAACCUUUCUCCCAGCCAAUCUCAGAUAUCGUUGAGAAUGACCCCGCACCCAGAGGUCCAGAAGGCAAAAUCCUGGCAGACACACUCGUUGAACGUGAUGUUUCUCAAACUUCAGCUGUGGCACCGGAACCAGACGAGCUUGAUGAACAGCUGCACCGGAAGGAGAUCGCUACUGAGUUCUACCAGAUCCGGAACCGCAUGAUCAAGGAGACGGGCGGAUUUGUUGACGAAGAGCCCGAAAUCGUCCCUCUGGAGACAGAAGAGGCUCCCAGACGCGUGAGUAAGUUCAAAGCCGCGCGCAUGAGGUAAUGGGUCUAGGGACCUCGAAUGCAACCAGAUACCCACUAUAUACAACACAUGGACACCGGAAAUAUAGCCAAUUCAUGUCAAUAUUGUAC